AUUACGAGGAUCCAGCUUGGACCUACGUUUAUGUACCGGCAUACAGCUACGAUGACGAACCUUUGGGUUUCUUCAUCAACCCAAGGGAAAACAUGUACAGCGGUGUCCGAAGUUACGAUGACAGUACCUUCGACAUUCGUCGUCGUCGCUACAUCUUGGAGGACCAGCUUCUUGGAGAUGACUGGGACUACAUCCCGCUUCCCAGACGACACGCUUCUCCCGUGAGGCGGCGCUCGCGAUCUGUAUCACGAGAGUACGUUCCUGUAUCCUACCAAGAAAACAGAAGUCGUCUGCCCUCUCCCGCCCCCGUCGCCUCUGUUCCCACCUUCCGAAGAUCUCCCUCUGCAGGUAAAUACGCCAGACAGCUAAGGUUUGACAGUAGAACCAGAUGGGUCCCAUUCCCAUCUCCAAAAGAAGAUGAAUUUUCCGUAAACCUUGACCUUAAAACGGACGCAUUGAACCGUGUCCUCCUACGGCGAGACAUUGACACCGCGCUGCGAUCAUCGUACGCCAACAAGGGGAGAUCGGCGGUGCGUUCGAAGAGGGAUUUUGAUCUAUCAGAGUUGCAAAGGCUUGAUAGAAAGCAAGAUCAAAUUUCGAGAUAUCUUAGAGAUUUUAAGCGUGAUGCUAUCAGAGCAAAAUAUCAAAGCAAAUUUAGAUAUUACUGAGGAGACGAUGAAGAGGAAACUAUAUGUUUAAGCAGCCUUUGACCUUUUAGAUUGUUACUCUGAAUGUUAUGAACUUAAAAGCAACUGUGACGGUAUUUAUGCUUUUCAUGCAUUAAUAAAGAAUGCCAAUAUCCA